CGCGCGGCCGCUUCCGAUGCAGGCAGCACUUCCGGCAGUGCGGGGCCGAGCGCAGACGCCUGGAUUUGAUUGUCGCCAAGGUGCAUAAUGGAGCCCUUAACCCUUUCAGAGCCACAGCCUUCCCCACAAAACAGCUUGCCCACACCACAAAAGUACCACCAUGUCCUGGUGGGUGUUACUGGAAGUGUGGCUGCCCUGAAGUUGCCUAUUCUUGUCUCGGAAUUGCUGGAGAUUCCUGGGCUGAAAGUGCGUGUGGUAACAACCGAGAGGGCAAAACAUUUCUACAACCCCCAGGAGAUUCCCGUAACCCUCUACAGUGAUACUGAGGAAUGGCAGCUGUGGAAAGGGCGUACGGACCCAGUCCUCCACAUCGACCUGAGGCGCUGGGCCGACCUGAUGCUAGUGGCUCCUCUUGAUGCAAAUACACUGGCAAAAAUAGCAAAUGGCAUCUGUGACAACUUACUGACCUGUGUUAUCCGCGCAUGGGAUAUGACCAAACCCCUGCUGUUCUGCCCUGCUAUGAACACAGCCAUGUGGGAGCAUCCUAUUACAGCUCAGCAGGUGGAGCAACUAAAGGACUUUGGCUACACGGAGAUUCCUUGUGUGGUGAAGAGGCUGGUGUGUGGGGAUGAAGGUCGAGGUGCCAUGGCAGAAGUAUGGACCAUUGUGGAGAAGGUGAAGGCGAUCCUUUCAGAGCGGGACUUGCUGACACAGAGCUGAUUCCUUGAUGUAAAUCACAUUUGCCCCCCGUCUUGACUGUUUUUCAGUGUGAGGAUGAAAGCAACAGGGAGCUGAGAUGGCAUGUGCCUCCAAGAACACUGCCAUAAGCUGAAAGAAUAAGAUGUUUGGGUUCCACUGCCAUCAGCUGCUCUGACAUUAAAACCUCUUACAUCAUUAGAGAUCUUCCAAAACUGAAGUCAAGUUUCUGUAUAUGAUUAUUUGGGGGCCCUCUGCCAUACCUUAAAUACAGUUCACAUACAAACAUCUGUAUAGAGAGGGACUUAUAUCAUACUAGG